UUGUACAAAAUAUCGAGUGAUGAGUCGCUUGUCGCGCCUUAUUUACAUAAUUUGUGUUUUUAAAAAAUAAUUCAACAUGAUAAAAAGUCGUUUCUAUAUAUGUUUUACUAUGUAAAUGGACCACAGUGGUACACAAGAGAAGUUAAUAGUUUAUUAGUUUGAAUUGUUUACCAAUGUUGCAAAGGUAACCUCACUAGUUUGGUCAGCACAAACCAUAGAGGGAGAUAUACUUUUGGUAAAAUAUGAGCAAGAGGCGAAGAACUAGUUCUAUCGCAAGUAGAGGACAAGAGGAUGAUUCUUUAGAUGAUUUAGAAGCUUCUACUAGUAGCGGGCCCAUAAUGAGAAAGAGGAAGAAAAAUUUGGAUCCUAGUGAACUAUGCCACCAAAUUUAUGAUAUAAUAAGGAACCAUAAAAAGGAUGACGGUUUAUUAUUAUGUGACUCUUUUAUAAGAGUACCGAAACGUCGACAGGAACCAGGCUAUUAUGACGUGGUCAGUAAUCCAAUGGAUUUACUUAAAGUUCAGCAGAAACUUAGAACAGAAGAAUAUGAGGAUCUUGAUGACAUGGAAAGUGAUAUAGAAUUAAUUGUAAAUAAUACUAAAGCUUUUUAUAAAAGAACUUCACAAGAAUAUAAAGAUGCCAUUGAAUUGUGGGAACUAUUCCUGUCAAACAAAAAUAAGCUAUUGAAUGUAGAAGAACCCAAAAAGUGUGUAAAUAGUAGGCAAAGUAAAAAUUCCAGGAAAUCUUCUAAGAAUGAAAGUAGAACUAGUAUAAACCACGACGAAGACACGAAUGACUCUUCUAUUUGCGACGACGACGAAACGAACCACUUUGAAGACCUGUUUACUGCUGUUAUGUCUGCCACAGACGAUAACAACAAACCGUUACACUCAGCUUUCCAGUUGUUACCGUCGAAGAAAAAGUAUCCCGAGUAUUACGAAGUUAUCGAGCAACCGAUCGAUUUGAAGAUGGUAGCGGUGAAAAUUCAGAAUAACAAAUAUAACAACAUAUUGGAAUUGGAAAGGGACUUAAUGUUAAUGUGCAAGAACGCCUGCUUAUUUAAUGAACCUGGAUCUCAGAUUUAUAAAAAUGCCAAGGCUUUGAAAAAGAUAGUGCAAAUGAAGAAAAUUGAAAUGGAGCAUUCCAAGUUGCCAGUAGGUAAAAUCAGUGAGAGGAUACGAAAUAAAAGGCUACGCGCUAACAUGUCGUUGUCCGCGGUGACGGCUUCACUUAAAGAUGAUGAUUCAGAUUUGGAUGCAGAACAGGAUGAAGAAGACGUGAAUGUGCCAGUGGAUGCCGACAACCCCCAGUGGAAGCUAUUCGAAGCCGUAAGGACGGUAACUGGAAACAAUGGAAUUCCACUGGCGGAACCGUUUUGGCGAUUACCAUCUCGCAGGUUUUAUCCAGAUUACUACCGCGAAAUAAAAAAUCCAGUAUCUUUAACCCAAAUAAGACGGAAGCUGUUAAAUAAAGCCUAUGGGACAGUUAGUGAGGUAGCUGGCGAUAUGACGAUUAUGUUUGAAAACGCCAAAAAGUAUAACAUCACCACGUCUAAAUUGUAUAAGGAUGCUGUAAAACUACAAAAAUUAAUGCAAACAAAGGUGCAAGAACUACUUGACAUAGAUCAGUUUUUGUUUCAGGAUACCGAUAACGAUGUAGACGUUGAACCGAUGUCCGCUAGGAGGAAACCGGGGCCUAAGCCUAAAAACUCCACGCCCGGUAACACGACCCCGAGCAGGGGCAGACCCCCGAAGGACUCGAUACCUUUAAAAAAGCGGUUGCACGCCUUGGCCAAAUACCUGCUGGAUUACACGUGCGAAGACGGUAGAAAGCCCAUGUUGGCUUUUAUGGAGAAACCGUCUAAAAAACUGUACCCGGAUUACUACGAGGUGAUAGCGGAGCCUAUCGAUUUCCUAGAAAUCGAGGCCAAGAUAAAAGCGGAACAGUACAGUUGCGAAAAUGACCUGGUGAAAGAUUUUAAAACGAUGUUUAGCAACUGCCGUCAGUAUAACGAGGAGAAUUCUCCGAUCCACGAGGAUGCGCUACUUCUAGAGAAAUAUUUGAUGGACAAGGUGGGCCAUCAAGUAGUCACACCGGAGAAGGAGAAAAAAGAGAGGGCCGUUGUUAGAGUAUACAAACCGAGGAAACCUUUAACGCCGCUAGAGAAAAACCUUCGAACUCUGUACGAAGCCGCUCGGGAUUACCGAGAGCCUAAAGCGAACAGACAGUUGUCCCUAAUAUUCAUGAAAUUGCCCUCGAAAAUCGACUAUCCCGACUACUACGAAGUAAUAAGUAAUCCGAUAGAUAUGGAGAAAAUUGCUCAAAAACUAAAAGCGAACUGUUACGAGAAUCUGGAUGAUUUGGUGUCGGAUUUUAUCCUCAUGUUUGACAAUGCCUGUAAAUACAAUGAACCGGAUUCCCAGAUAUACAAGGAUGCGCUCGUCCUGCAGAGAGUCUGCUUUCAAACAAAGUUGCAGCUUAAAGAGGAUGAUAAUAAUGUACCUGAUGUUCCGGCGGCGAUUCAAGAUAUACUGUUGAACUUGUUCACUAACGUUUACAACCAUCAAGACGAUGAUGGUCGGUGUUACUCGGAUUCUAUGGCGGAUUUACCAGAGCACGAUGAAAUCGAUGGCAAAAAGGUCCGAGCAGUUUCCUUGGAUCUGAUUAAGAGACGAUUAGACAAAGGGGUUUAUAAACGGCUGGACAUUUUCCAAGACGACUUUUUCGCAUGUCUGGACAGGGCGCGCCGUCUCUCCCGUACCGAUUCUCAAACGUUCGAGGAUGCCACGGAGCUCCAGAUGUACUUCAUAAAGCAGAGGGACGAACUUUGCAAGCAAGGCGAGAUUUUGUCGUCCCCCGCUCUAAUCUACACGGUCGAUGACGCUAAGACGGCGAUCGAACAAUUAAGACAGAGUAAGUUAUUGAAAGAGUCCCUGGAGGAGGAGACGGAAACCCGCAGUUCCGACGAUUCGAUUAUAAAAGAGAGCAACAUAAACGUUGGCGAGUCCAUGACGUGCAACCAGCAGACAUUCAAAGUGGGGGAGUUCGUUUAUCUCGACGCUAAAGAGAAGGGCUGCGAGCCUCACAUCCUCCUGAUAGAGAGGCUGUUUGAGAACAACGGGCAGCAGAUGCUUUACGGGAACUAUUAUUUGAGACCGGCCGAAACAUAUCACCUAACGACUAGGAAAUUUUUAGAGCGCGAAGUGUUCAAAUCGGACUCGCACGUCACGGUGCCGUUGGAGGAGGUCAAGGAUAGAUGUUGUGUAGUAAACGUUAAACAGUAUUUUACGAUGCGACCCGAAGGUUAUGAUGAGAAAGACGUUUAUGUUUGUGAAUCUCGUUAUAGUACAAGAAACAGAAGUUUCAAAAAAAUUAAAAUAUAUCCCGAGAAUCCUACGUUGAAACUGGUACCGAGGGAGGUCCCUAUCGAGCCUAAGAGAGUUGUGUCGGUUUUCCGCGAACGCGUGGAAAAGCACAAAGACGAGUUGGCCGAACUGGAAGAGCAGGAAAAACUGACGGAGAAAGAUAAACCAAAUGUUGUAGUGUACACGAAUAUUGAGGUAGACGAGGGUAAUACAUAUUACGAGCAAUAUAACACGAUUUGUUCUGGUGUUGUAAAAACUGGUGAUUUUGUCUAUGUGGUCGCAGAGGGUGGAAAACAAAUCAUAGCACAAAUUGAUACGAUUUGGGACACAAAAGAUGGAAAGUGUUACUUCCAUGGUCCGUGGUUCGUAACGCCUUCGGAAAUACCGUAUUCGCCAAAUAAGUUAUUUUAUAAGCAGGAGGUUUUUCUGUCUAGUUUGGAGGAUGCAAAUCCGAUUGUCAGUAUUAUUGGGAAGUGUGCUGUUUUAGACUUUAAUGAAUACAUUUCAAGCCGGCCGACGGAAAUUCCUGAAUGUGAUGUUUUCAUCUGCUCAUCCAUGUAUGAUGAAAUAAACCAUCAAAUUACCAAACUUCCUUUGGAGGGAUUGAAAAAAUACUCUCAUAGUCCGACGGUUACGGAGGAUGAAACGUACUUUUUUCCUAGGUUAAUUAAUCCUCAGAAGGAGCCUUCUCCUCAGUUAACAAAAAUGAAUGACAUGGACAUAUUAAUGGAAGACUCGUUGGAUGGAGGUCCUCCUUCAGUUGGCUCGGGAGAGAUUCCUAUUGUUGUGCCAGCAAGUGGUUCUAACGUCGGAACACCCGUUACUCCAGCCACUACAAAAAAGAAAUCUAGCAAGAACAAAGUAGUGACUGGGUAUAUUCUAUACUCGAGAGAGGUUCGCAAACAGAUUGUUCAAAAUAACCCGGAAUCCGACUUUGGAGGCAUAAGCAGAAUCGUAGGUAGCGAAUGGAAAUCUCUACCCUCAAACGAGAAACAGCAAUGGGAGGAAAAGGCUUCGAAAAUAAAUGAGGAAACCAAGGCUCUGCUUCUGUUGGACGAGCAAUGCUCCAGUCCCGCACCAACGCCUGUCGAUCAAGUGUUUGAAUGCUUGUGGGAUAACUGCGACUAUCAGUUCGAGGAGCAGGUCGAUCUAGUAGAACACUGUAUCAAGGAUAAGGAAUCGCAGGGACACGUCCAGGCGUAUUUCCAGGAGAAUCAGGGCGCCGACCUGAAUUGCCAUUGGCGCAACUGCGGCAGAAAUAAGAAAAAUCUACAGCCAUUUCCUAAUUUGGCCAGGCUCAUUAGACACGUUCGUGAUAUGCACAUCAACAAGGGGAAUGGACGGUCCAUAGCACCGGAGAAUCGAAGCAAGAACUUCAAGCCUUCCAGUAAGAUGCAAGCCAUUAAUCGCGCGACUCCUGCUAUGCCCAAUCCCACUCCGACAUCAUCUUCCAAUGUGCUGUCUGUAAAUGGACAAAAAAUUCAAGAACCGAUGUUUAUAUCAGUUCCUCCUCGACCACAACGUGUCCUACAUUCAGAAGCAUAUAUCAGAUAUAUUGAAGGAUUACAAGGGGAAUCCAAGCACAUUACCCCAUGGGAGAAAACUUUACAGGCCACCCAGGAAAAUACACCGAUUCCGGACUUGGAAAAAUUACAGAACGUUACAACUUGGCUUGGUCGUAAAGCCGACCAACACGAUAAUGUCGUAGCAGCCCUUUGGACGCUACGUAACCAGUUGUUGAAGGAUACAUUAAAUUUACACAAGACUUUGUAGUUAUAUGAAUAAUUUAAUUUAUUAAUGUUUACAUUAUUAUCUUGUAUUAUGUGUGAGAUACUUUGUUUUGAAAGUAUUAUAUUUUUCAUGUGUAUUAUUUUCUAAUUUUAUAUAGAUAAUUGGAGAUAUAAAACUAUGAUAUAAUAGAAGAAAAUAAAGUGUUCUUUAUUAUA